AUGAGAGCUCAUGCCAAAACCAAAGUGAAAAGUCGAGAAACAUUAACCUCUCCACGGCUUCAGAAAUACUCCCGCUUCUGGUGGAAUUGGUCCUGUUUUGAGGUUUGUUCAAAGAGACAGCUAGAAUUAAGUCAGGGCUAGCUGUGGAAACUGGUUUGAAAUGUGACUGUGUCUUAAUUGCCGGAGUGACCAUUUGGACAAUAUACAGUUCCAAAGUACAUGAGGAAAUAGUUUUGCAUCAUUUUGGGUUGACGACGGAGAGGUGCUUCAAUCUUGAAACUUCACCAGGUUUACUUGGGGAGUCAAGAUAAAUUUGAUAUUUGGGAAGGAAUUGCUGCUGUGUGUAGCAAUGUCUGAAAUGAUGGGAUUUACUGGGAGCGUCCACAGCCGACAAGAGCACCUACAACCCAACAAGUUCCUUCCAGGAAGAACUGUCUUCGAGGUCGUCUCUGCCAAGACCAUGAAAGAUGGUUACAAGAAGUUUGUGCUCUACAGUAUAGCAGUGCUACGCACGAUAGGAGCAGACACAUCUCAAGCUAUCAUUGAGAGGCGAUAUUCAGAAUUCUAUGAGCUGAACAGAGGCCUCCGGAAGGGCUUCCCUCGGGCCAUGGAGUCUGUGGUCUUCCCAAGGAAGGCCGUCACCGGCAACUACAAGCACCAGUUCAUCGCAGAGCGCAGCAGAGCCUUUGAACAGUACUUGAGCCACACUUUCCAGAACGAUGAAAUCCGCAUGAGCGAGGAGUUCCAGGAGUUCUUCUACAACCAGGACCUGAGGCGAGCCUACAAGUACAUGUCCAAGCAGAACUUUGAGGAAGCACUGCCGCUCCUGCAGAAUGCUCUGCACCUCCAGGAGAAGAUGAUCGGGGAGAAGCACCCUGAUACGAUACGGACACUCUGUGCAAUCAUCGUGGUUUAUCUCUCACGCCUGGAGAGCCAGCCCCACGUGCUUGGGUACGCGGAGAAGGCACUCUCGGACAUUGGCGAGGAUGAGACAAACCCGUUCUUGAUUCCUCUCCUGCAGACAUUGAUCGGGGUUAGGUGGAGACUUCAAAAGGACAAGAGAGACUUGGAAGUGAGGCUCUCACGCUAUGUCAAGCCUGGACUUGAUGGAGGUGACAUGCCAACGCUAGAGGAAUUAAUCAUGCAGAGUCUAUCUCAUCUAUGAGCUUCUGCCAUAUUGAAUAUUCCGAAAUUUGUAAUGAAAUUUUUAUCUUGUUGUAUAUGAUCAUGUUGUAAAACAGUAUCCUAGAGUUGGACAGUACAUUUUUGUUCUCUAUAAUUAUGUUCAUGCUUUUGAUAGUGCUAUAUUUUCGUCUUUCUAUCGUUGUUCUGUAUUAUGCCAAUGUGUUAUUUUAGCAAUUUUUAAAAUCAGUCUGUUUCCAGCCCCAUUCUCAGACAAAUUUGGCUGAAGUUUAUCUUCAGUCUUAAUGUAACUUACAGAGGAAUCUUUAAAAAAAGACAUGAACCCAUAUGCAGGAGAGCCCGCGCUUUACAAUUUUCACCUGUUAAAUUGUAUUCAAUAUGGCUGCCACUGUUAACCAUUUUAAUUCUAUGUUACAGAGUUUUAUGUACCGGUAAUAUAAUUAUAUACCCAUAGAGGUGCUAGUUGUGGGAGAUAAAUUUUGUAAAUUCCUUUUUUUAUGAAUUCUGAUCCUCAGACCUGUGUACUUACUUUGAAUUAUAUUAUAUUAAGUGCAUUCAUCCUGUGUAAAACAAAAUUUGAGUAAUAACUUAACUUAUAACCCGGUACCCUUUAUAUGCCACACAAAUGUUCACACUGUGUCACAUGGGAUAGAUAUGUCAAAGGCUUCAAGAUUAUAUAUCUGGUUCCAGUGCAAGAUUAAUCUAUACCAGUGUUAAAGGGGUUGUCAUGUAGUUAAUCAAGACCCAAAACGGGUCAUAUUGCAAAGCCAUUGUGUUAAUGGCACAAAGCAAUCUUUCUAUAAAUUGGUACCUAUCUUCUUUUAAAAUGUUGUUGAAAUAGUAGAUCUUUAAUAUGCAACAUGCAAAUUCUAUUGGCGUGGGCCGACAGUGUUUUUUGCAAGUACCGGUAAAGUGAUUUUGUAGGUGCACAGGUCAGCAAGACCAGGGGCAGAUGUAGCAGUAAGCGUGGUGUUCAAAGGUUUGCCCCCUCGUGUGGUAGGGAUUUCAGAGUCUGUUAAAUCCCGGGAUCAGAUUGAUUCAGGACACUGAUAAUACAGGGUUUGUUACACACUUUAGGCUGUAUAUCAUUAUACAGUCAAACUACAGUCCAGAGCUAGUAUUAUGAAUAUAUGAUACAAGCCUGUAGCCUCAUAAGGUAGAAAUAAUUGUAGGAAUUUGCCCCCUUUAAUCUAAUAAAUUCAAUUCAAUUCCAUUUAGUAUUUAUUGUACAUUUCUGGAUAUUUGAUUUUCACUGGUGUAACAUAUAUACAGAUUAACAUUUACUAAUGAAUUUACAAAAAUGUAGACAUUAACAGUAAAUAAACAAGAUUUAACAUAUGAUUAAGCACAAAUUAACAGAGGAUCGAAUAUUGUUUUAUAAACACUAAUUCAGAACAUAAGUUAACAUAGUAAUUAAAGCAGAGCAAGAGGAGGUGUCAGGUGAUCAAACGAAUUAGCAAGUGAGAUAAAUAUAAAUAUACAGAGGAGGUUGGGUAUCCAUAAUCAAUAAGAAACAACCUACAGUAACUUAAAUAACUUACAUAGCAGUGGUGUAGCUACAUAGGAAUGCUAUGGGGGUGCCCCUUUCUCCAAUCAAAUUGCAAAAGAGAGAGAGAGAGGGGGAGGGAGAGGGAAAGAAAAGGUGAGGGGGUAGGCAAUGUAAAAAUAGGCAAAAUAGAUUUGACCCACUCCUUCAUACUCUCUGACUCGAUGAGUCCACGGCCCUGUUCUCACGCAUUUCAUUUGAGUUGAAAGACUUGACCCCACCCUCCGAUGCCAGUCCCCCCCCCCCUUGUGUGAUCCGCACUAUCCCCCAUUGCUACACAGGAUACAUGGUUAAUCAUGUUUGUAUUGGUACCCCUGGAUCGGGAUCAAUGCCCCUGGUAAAAUUAACACCAUGAGGAUCCUUAUCAGGUAUCACUUUCAUUAUGGUCGGAACUUCUGGUCUUUAACAGACAGUGUUUUAUUUGACAUCUAUCAUGUUGUCAGCUACCAAACCACAAUCGUACCUCGUAAUUAAAUAAAUGUCAUGUGUCGUACAGGGAGUCUUUAUGAAAAUAAUUAGAAAUGAAUAGAGGGGACAACAGGCUCUAGUAUGUGAGAUAUCUGUAUGUGGUCCUAGAUGACAUUAUAAAACUCAUGCUGGUUUGCAGCUGUCAGAUGAGGGCAGUGUUGAUGAUAGCAUGUAUCUUCAUGCUCAUUUGUGAAAUGAGAAGAUCAUCUGCUGAGAAUGAAUUCGCUGACUACUGUCUUCUGUCAAUUCCAUAGGCUUAAUACAGGAGCUACCUAGUUCCAGUAGGCAAUCAGUUAAAGCCCCACUGUCCUACUUGUCGCUACUUGCGCCCUCUAUAUAGAAAACUUCCCCAAUCGGUGCUUGUUGGUCCCCCAUGAUCCUCUUUUUCUUAUGGUAGUUGAGAGCUGAGUUAAUGAGAUAGCCACCUGUCAGUUACCUCGCUGGGUGGGUUAAUCCCUUCUGGCCCAGUAGUAUUGACUGUCUGUAAAAGCCAGGGUUUUAAUUCUAGGUUGAAUGAUUUGAGUUUAUACCCUUAUGGCUCUGGAGAAUAUCGUAUCCCUUACAAAAAUGUCCUGUGGUAAUACCACAGGAUUACCACAGGAUUACCACAGGACUGUACCACAGGAUUACCACAGGAUUACCACAGGACUGUACCACAGGACUGUACCACAGGACUGUACCACAGGACUGUACCACAGGAUUACCACAGGAUUACCACAGGACUGUACCACAGGAUUACCACAGGAUUACCACAGGACUGUACCACAGGAUUGUACCACAGGAUUACCACAGGACUGUACCACAGGACUGUACCACAUGACUUUACCAAAGGACUGUACCACAUGACUUUACCACACAACUUUACCACAUAAUGGUAAAUUGGGACAUUCCAAUUUACCACAGGAAUACCACACGCCAGUUACCACAUAAAAUUACCCCACAAAUUACCACAGGAAUAUUUCUGUUUAAUUUGUGUGGUAACAUCAAGUACCACAGGAAAUACAAAGUUACCACAGCCAGCCGUUGACAUUACCACAGGAGUCUAGUGACAUGACCACACGAGUUGCUGUGGUACAUAAUAUUCCUGUGGUAUUUUGUGUGGUAAAAUCAGGUACCACAGGAAUUACCACAGGACAUUUUUGUAAGGGAUGUUUGAAGCCAUAAGGCUGUUAAGUGUUCAUAUAUGUUAUAUGAUAUGAGUUAAUGCCCUUCUGGCUCUGAACAGACAGUAAUAUUACACAUGAAGAGAUGUAAUAUCAUUGUAUUCACCUCAAGACUGAAAAGGGAAAUUAUCCUUCAAAAUUUCCUGGUUUAUUAAAGAAGAAAACUGAAACAGAUCACUGAAAGUUUAAGGGAAGCCUGGUAAAGAAUAUGAUUAUUUUUUUCACUGUUUUAAUUGAUCAAUUAUUAAAAGGAGAAAACGAUAUGGAUCAGUAAAAGUUUGAGGAAAACCUGGUAAAGAAAAUCACAAUUUUUUUUUUUACAGUUUUAUUUGCUCAAAUGCAAAUUGAGCACCUUUCUCAUUUGUUCUGUACUGAAAAUCUGUAAAUUUCCAUUUUACACACUUGUUGAUGAAUAUGGAGAUUUUGUAUAGAGGGGGUUGUGUACAAAUAUGUGUCCAGUAAUACAUCUAGGGCACUGGUGUAAUGAAAAGUUG